UGGGUUGUGUGUGUGCAUCAGAGUCUUUGUGAGCAGACCUGGGCUCGUUCUCACCUCCAGUGUGAACAGUGUUUGUUUCAGAGGUUGUGCAGAUAGUGACUCAGCUCUUUUCCUCGUUCUGCCGGCUGUGCACUGUGCCGUUUCCUCGAAUCCCCAAUGUGGCUCUGCAGAGGACACUGGGCUCGUCCUGUAUGUGGCCAGUGCAGAACUCUCAUCACAGGAUGCAAGUGAGAGCGUGUCGCUGUUAUCCAGAGUGACCCAGGCGCAUUACAACAAAGAAGGAUUCUUCCCAUGUCUGCAUUCGGAGGCUGCGCUUUGGAGUCGAUUAGAGUGUGCAGCAGAGCUUUGAAAGUGCAGUGAGGGGGUCUCUCUGGAUGACAGAGUUUGUUUGAGUGUGGGAGACCAGCAGCCGGCUCUCAUGUCUCUGCAUGAGUUUCUUCGGGAGGGUGGGGAGGCGUCGUACCGCCUCAUGAACCGGUUCAGUCAUCUGAUCCAGAACUUGGACAUCUCUGGACUGGGCACUCCUUUCCCUUUCAACCCUGCCAGCCGCAAGAACUCCUGGAGAGACUGGGAUGAUGAGAUCAUGCAGCUGGACAGCAGUCCGCUCCGAGCUGCUGACAUCACCCCCGACCUCAGAAAGCAGUUUGCCUUCCUGUCAGGAGGUAGAGGAGACAACGGCAGCCCCAUCAUCGUGUUCCCAGAAUUCCCUGCGUUUGGGGAGAUCACUGACAGAGAGUUUCACAACGUGCUCACCUACCUGACAAGUGUUCCCAGUUUGUCGUCGACAGGCGUGGGUUUCAUCCUGGUCAUUGAUCGCCGGCAAGACCGAUGGGCGGCUGUCAAGGGGACCCUGCUUCGUAUCGCAGGCUCCUUCCCAGGGAACCUCCAGCUGGUUCUGGUUCUGAGGCCCACCACCCUCCUACAGCGCACUCUCUCCGACAUCCUCUUCAAGUUCAACAAGGAUGAGUUCAAGAUGAAAGUGCCGGUGAUUAUGCUCAGCUCUAUAACUGAGCUGCACUCGUACAUCGACCGCAGCCAGCUGACCCAGGAGCUCGGAGGAACGCAGGAGUACUGCCACGACAAGUGGAUCUCACACCGCACUGCUAUUGAAGGCUUCGCAUUGAUGGUAAAGAAAACGGCUCAGACGCUGCAGUCUUUUGGGACUGAACUGGCAGAAACUGAGCUCCCAAAUGAAAUCCAGGCCACGACCCUCCUGCUGAGCACACACACCAGCAAGAAAGACAAAAUGAAGGAGGACAUUCUGGUGGCUCUGGGUCAAGGCAGCAGGCUGCUGGAGAGCAUCAAUGAGCCGGUGGUGCGAGACCCCGACCACAACAUGAACCAGGAUGAGCUGGAGAACCUUGCCACAGUGCAAAGGCUGCUGUCUCAGCUGGACGAGACGGAAAGGGCUUUCGAUGAGUUCUGGGUGAGGCAUCACACCAAACUGGAGCAGUGUCUCCAACUGCGCCACUUUGAGCACAACUACAGAGAGGUGAGGGCUCUGCUGGAUCAGGUGUCUGAGAAACUGGCAACCUUCUCUGAGGUUGGGAUCAGCCCCGCUCACGCCGACCACAUCUUCUGUGAACUCACCACUUACGAGGAGAAAGCCUGUGAGAUUCUGGACAGAGCCUUGGCUUUGUCUCGUGAGGGUGAUGAACUGAUCCAGAACUCCCACUAUGCUGAAGACUCCAUUCAGCCCAAAUGCAGCGAGCUCAGGGCUGUCAGUGAGAGCGUCAGUAGCAGCCUGAGGGCCAAGAAGGACCAUCUCCUCAAAGCCAUGGAGCUGCACCACCGACUGGAGAAGGCAUCCAAAUGGGUUGAUGAUGGCAUCUACCUGCUGGCCUCUCAGCCGGUGGACAAAUGUCAGUCCCAUGAGGGGGCGGAGUUGGCCCUGCAGGAGCUGGAGCGUUAUCUGGAUAACGCCGGCCAGAAUCAGCUGACAGACCUCAGCACCAUCUGGGGAGAGUAUGACGGCGUGCUGAACCAGCAGUUCAGGGACCAAGUGGAGAAAGUUUUCCAGAAGCAGUCGUCCAUGCAGGAGAUGUUUGACAAGAGGAGGGUCAGUCUGAAGAAGCUAGCAGCCAAACAGACCAGGCCUGUGCAGCCAGUAGCCCCCAGACCCGAAGCCUUCAUCAAGUCUCCUCUCAGCUCGCCUGCACACAGAGCUCAGCAGGAGAAAAACUCAGAGACAAAUUCUGGCAACAACUGUGAAAAAGGAAACGGCCCACUGCAGAACGGAGACAGUAACAGCAGACAUGCCUCUUUGUCCGAGGAGGAGGAGAACCUGGCAGUGCUCAGGCGGCAUGUCAUGAACGAGCUGCUGGAAACUGAGAGAGCCUACGUGGAGGAGCUGCUCUGUGUGCUGCAGGGAUAUGCCUCUGAGAUGGAUAAUCCAGCCAUGUCUCCCCUCAUCCCUGCACCUUUGCAGAACAAAAAGGAGAUUUUGUUUGGCAACAUGCCAGAAAUUUACCACUUCCACAAAAGAACUUUUCUUCGGGAGUUGGAGCAGUACACGGAUUGCCCAGAGCUGGUUGGAAGGUGUUUCCUAGAGAGGAUGACGGAUCUGCAGAUCUAUGAGAAGUACUGCCACAACAAGCCUCGCUCUGAGAGCCUGUGGAGGCAGUGCUCCGACUGCGCCUUCUUCCAGGAGUGUCAGAAAAAGCUGGAGCAUAAACUGGGUUUAGACUCGUAUCUGCUGAAGCCGGUUCAGAGGAUCACCAAAUAUCAGCUGCUACUGAAGGAAAUGCUGAAGUACAGUAAGGGUUGUGAGGGGGCCGACGAUCUGCAGGAGGCGCUGACCUCCAUCUUAGGCAUCCUCAAGGCUGUCAACGACUCCAUGCACCUCAUCGCCAUUACAGGAUACGAGGGUAAUAUGAGUGAGCUGGGUAAGCUGCUGAUGCAAGGCUCCUUCAGCGUGUGGACGGAGCACAAGAAGGGUCACGCCAAGGUGAAGGAUCUGGCCCGUUUCAAGCCCAUGCAGAGGCACCUGUUCCUGCACGAGAAGGCCCUGCUGUUCUGCAAGAGGAGGGAGGAGAACGGGGAGGGCUACGAGAAAGCUCCAUCGUACAGCUUCAAGCAGUCUCUGAGUAUGAGUGCGGUGGGGAUCACUGAGAACGCAAAGGGGGACAACAAGAAGUUUGAAAUCUGGUGCAACUCCAGAGAAGAGGUCUAUAUUGUUCAGGCUCCUACAGCUGAAGUAAAAACCACUUGGGUGAAUGAGAUCAGGAAGGUUCUGACAACCCAGUUGCAGGCAUGCAGAGACGCCAGCCAGCAGAGGGCACCAGACCAGAUCUUCCAGUUUCCACCUGUGCCCAGUGGAACAGUAAAUCUCAGUCCUUUCAAGACAGGUCAGAAGAGCUUUAAAAAGGGAGAGGAGAAGAAAGUUGAGCCCUGCAGCCCUGAUGUCAACUCCUCUUCCUCACCAAAGCCCACAGGAAAAGACGAGGCUGUGACCAGCCCGACCUCAGACAGAGCUGCUGUGGCUAAAAAGCGCUUUACUUUGCAGGGCUUCAGUAACCUCAAAGCUCAGAAAGGAUCUCCCACCAGCCCCAGAUCACAAGACGAAACGCCCAAAGCGACCCCCACGCCAUUCGGCUUCAAAGGUAGCUACUCUUUUUCUUUUAUUCUCCCCAGUCUGGUAGCUGAUGCAGGGCCCUCCUCCCCCUCCACCCUGAGCCAGAACCAGGCCUGGAACAAGGCCUCCCUGUCACUUGGACCGCCUCGGAGGAACAUGACGGCCACUACCAGCAGCCCGAGGACUCCCCCUGAACAUCUUGACCCAGAGGAUGAAAAUGGGAAGAAGCUGAGUGCUGGUAAAUACACAGUGAUGGUCGACUAUGAGAAAGGUGAAGAGCUCUCAGUAAAGAGUGGAGACAUGGUGCAGCUGGUCAAGGAGGGCGAUGACGCACAAUGGUUUGUACGAAACCUGAACACAUCUAAGGAGGGCUGGAUCGCUGCUGCUCAUCUCAUCACCCUCAUCGGGAAGUCCAAGUCUUGUCAGUCUCUCACCAGCUCAGAAGGCAGCGGCUCUGGAAACCUCAGCACAUCAUCCAGCUGCAGUGAAACCUACACAAGCUUCUCUGACAUCAAACCCUGAACUCUUCUGCACUUUCUCUGUCGUCCUGAACGCUCGCGUCACGUCGCUCUCUGUGCUGUAUUGCCAACAUCAUACGAAUAUUUUCCACAGAAGGCUGUAUUUUUCCAUUAUUUUUAUCACGCACAAGCACCCUAGACAAAGACAAUGGCACGUUUAGCUGUUGAUGCAUAACAGAUGUACACGUUACAUGAAGUAGUUUCACAUGAUAGUCGAGGGAUCCUCCUCUAGUCACAAACGUGUCUGUUUAUUUUUAUGAAGACAGACGAUUGUAAUAGAUGUAUGAAUGGGCCAGCAGGACUGAUCUCAGUUGAUGCGUCUGUUUGUGUUCAGCGGGUUAAUAUCAGCGAUCGUGUGUCAAUGACGGCUGUGUGUGUUCAUCUGUGCUAAUUUACCCAGAAGUUUGUUUUUCAGCUGUUACUGUACAUAAAAAAGAGGGACAGAGAUGAAUAUGUACGGCUUGUUUAGCUCAAAUGAAUGUUUUCUGAGAUGUUUUCCUCUGCUUUUCUCCCUUUACAGGUUUAUUUAUUUGCAGGAAACACCCACAUAUGUUCAGUUACUUGUAAUUUCCUUGCUGUAUUUUUACUCUCCUCCUGUUUGUCUGUCUGUCGUCAACCUGCUGUUAGGAACCUGAUCUGCCACCUGUCCAAACUUUGUGUCCCUUCAUGUCUCCGACGGCCUCGUGGUCUAACUCUUUAUGGGUCUUCACAUACUAUGCUACAGUUUACAGAUGUCUCUCAGUGUGAAUAAUCAAAGAUCACUGUAUAGCGCUAACUUAUUCCCUGCAGAGGGAUCGUGUUCUGAAUGUAGAUAUUGUUCAUUAAUAUCCGUCUGUCAUGAAAUGUUUGUUAAUGGAGAUGCUAUAUUGUACAGUAAGUAUGGUGAUGUCACUACUUUGUGACUUGUCUAAUUUUUUUACAUAAACGACUUGUGAUAAUUGA